GAUCCAGGCAGCGUCAGUCAGAGGAAGGAAGGACGGAAGGAAGGAAGGAAAAGUCGAAGAAGGCGGCAGCGAGGGAGGAGGAGGAGGAGGAGGAGGAGGAGGAGGAGGAGAGGGGCUGCCUCCCCUCUCCCCGCCGGUACAGCCAUGUCUGAGACCUAUGAUUUCCUCUUCAAAUUCCUGGUGAUUGGAAGUGCUGGCACAGGGAAGUCCUGCCUUCUCCAUCAGUUCAUAGAAAACAAAUUCAAACAGGAUUCCAAUCACACAAUUGGGGUGGAAUUUGGAUCAAAGGUCGUGAAUGUUGGUGGCAAAACAGUGAAGCUCCAGAUUUGGGACACAGCCGGGCAAGAGCGGUUCAGGUCUGUAACGAGAAGCUAUUACCGGGGUGCAGCUGGGGCGCUCUUGGUCUAUGACAUCACCAGCAGAGAGACGUACAAUGCCUUGACCAACUGGCUAACGGACGCCCGGACUCUGGCCAGCCCCAACAUAGUCAUUAUUCUGUCUGGCAACAAGAAGGAUCUGGACGCUGACCGGGAGGUCACGUUUUUGGAAGCGUCACGUUUUGCCCAGGAGAAUGAGUUAAUGUUUCUCGAGACCAGCGCCUUGACUGGGGAGAAUGUAGAAGAAGCUUUUCUAAAAUGCGCACGGACCAUACUGAACAAAAUUGAAUCAGGUGAACUUGAUCCAGAGAGGAUGGGCUCAGGCAUCCAGUAUGGGGAUGCGUCUCUGCGGCAGCUGCGGCAACCCCGAGGGACUCAAACACAGACCAGGCAGCAGUGCAACUGCUAGAGCCGGAACCCAAGCAUGCCUGGAAACUGUCUUGCAAGGGAUUCCUGCUCCACCUCCAUGCCGCCGCUGCCGCCCCUUUCUCCUUGCUCCUCGCCUCUCCCCUUCCCUCUCGAUCAGAAGCUCUGCAAGUCCAGUUCUCAGGCAGGCGUCCCUGCGAGAGGCCUGCGAUGGAGACGCCGUAUGCCCGGCUCCCUUCUUCCGGCACCACAUGACUCUUCUGGCUGUGAGGUCAGCGGGCUGCGUGCUCACGAGCGGCAGCGGGGACCCACGGAGCUGCCUCCGCCUCCAUGAUGAUGCCUUCUGCACUCCAUGGCUGCUGCUGCUGCUGCUGCUGCUGCUGACUUAAUGACGAAAUACAGUUCUGAUUUGGGGGUGAAGUAUGUGUGUCGCUUCGGAGAUACUUAAUUCCUCUCACCUCCUACCCUAAAGAGUGCAUCUUGAUUCUACCUUUUUGGGGAGAGGUCAGCGUAGCUUCUCUAGGGCAGGCCAGAGCACGUGGCACUUCCUGGGGGCUCUCGACGCCGUGGAGCAGGGGCUGUGCCCUCUAAGAUCUCUACAUGGGAAUAUUCCGCCGUGGUUGCAAAACCGGAUGACCCCGAUGCUUCUUGAUAGCAUCUCCGGUGCGCAUCUUUCCCAUGCGGGGUCCAGCUUGAAUUGAUGUUCUCACCAGAUCCACUUGUGUGUGUACGUGUGUGUGUGUUUCCGUUCCUCCGCUCCACGUUGAGGGCAGCUUCCUCUUUUUACAAAAGCCAGACACGGCACCUUUUGCAGGCCCUUUCAUUUGCGUUUCUGUCUCUGCCUCCCCGUCUCCUCCGUGGGGCCAGGGCAAGACCAUGAAAGGGCUGCACACUCAACAUCUGCGUCUUUGCCACUCCUGUGUGUGGUGGCAGCUGUAAGAAAUGACGUUUCUGGGUGUGUGUGUGUGUGUGUGUGUUGAGCGAGGGUUGCUCUUCACUCGAUGUUCCUACUUUGGUCUGAGCACACAGGAAGGAGCCCGUUGCUUGUGUGAUGCCGUCCCUUAGUGCCUGUGUGCCUGUGUCCUUCCCCUUCCCUUGAUACUUUUACUACCACCUGUUUCUGUCACCUUGGAUGCCCGACGGUUGUCAGGUGCUGCAACAAAGCCCCAGGGCUCUACAGCCUUUGACCAGGCGCUGCCGUAACAUCUUGGGGGACUUUUGGGCUUCAAAGGGCGCCUUCCUCUAGCAAAGGCUGCGCUGCAAGGAAUGUUUGCAGUUUUCCACGGCCCUUUCAUUCCUUCGUGAGUCGGUUGCCCUCAGACUCGGCUCCCGCCCGGCGGCUUAUUGACUAAGUCCAGGUCCUGAGCCCUUGUCCUUCAAGGCCAGCAGCGCUUCUGCGCCCGCUGGUCUCAUUCCUCUGUCAUGAAGGUUGGACGGGCUGUGUGGGCGCGGAGGAGGGAGUGGAGGAGCGUGGGGCAGAUCUUUGUAAGCCAGGUCUGCUCUCCUCCAAGUAGAAUCUUUCUCCUUCCCUAGCGGCUGGCUGUGGUGGCCUGGGCUAGCCCAGGGGUGGGCAACUUUGCACACCCCCCCCCCCCCAGAUAUUUUGGCCUAUAACUCUCCUCAUCCCUCACCAUUCGUGAUGCUAAGGAGGAAGGCAGGAGCUGUAGGCCCAAACGUCUGGGCCAGCCCUUGAGAGAGUUCCUCCUUUCGCACGCGCACGCACGCACCCUGUUUCUCCUUCUGGAGGCUGAGAUUGCUCACGCCGGCCUUUCGGCCUGGAGCCACCAUAAUGGGGCUUCCUUCAAGUCUUGUGCAUCAGAGGGUCUGCCUUGGAAUGCUCCUCCCUGAGUUGCUCCAUGCUCCUGAGCAUUAUCCAGAAUGUGGCUGAGCUCCAAAAUCUGUUCAGUCAUUUGGUUGGAGGCAUUUCUGGGCAAAGAGGCACCAUUGUAGGGGAAAUUUACCAAAAACCUGUGUGAAAUUGGGAGGUAGGAUGGAGGUUUUCGCUUCUGCUGGUGUUCUGAUCAUGUUUGGUGCUUGCACACGUGGUGGAGACGGGGCAUGCGCUCCUGAGUGCCUGGGGCGCCCCCUCUCCCUGCUGCCCUGGCUUUGCAGAUGCCGGGUGCGGUGUGGGUGUUGGGCCGCGUGGGAGGUGUCGCAUUGGGAGAGCACGAUCUGCUUCUCUUGUUCUGUCUUCUGCUGGAAUGUCGGAACUGGCCUUUCUUGCAUGCCUUAUUGGUUGGAUGGGAAGACCCACCCCCGCCCCCAGCUGCUGCAUCACUUCCUUCAAUUGAGCCCCCUCAAAAAAUACAUUUAAAAAAAAACCUCAAGAGGAAGGUGGGUGGGAGGAGUGAAUUUGGAUUCUCUCUUUGUCUUUCUUUUUAAGUGUAAUGUUGAACUUUGUUAUUUAUUACCUCUGUGUGGCUGUUAGGAGCCCUCCUGCCGCCUUGUCUGUGGCCCCUCCUGCUCUCCGCACCCCCGUGCUUCUACGAACCACCCCUCUGAUUCUGGGCAACCUCCCUUGGGGCUGGUCAAGGGGUGGGCAGUUUGGACCGGGUUGCUUUUCAUAUGUGGCUGAGCAGCUGACUGUUACAAAGCAGCCCGUGACCCGGAUCCUCCGGUGGAUUUUCCUCUUUCAAUGCAAACAUUCCCUCCGAUUGAAGGCUGUGAAGCUGAUUCUCCUACAUAAAAUGUUCUUUUUUUUUCCUUUUCCAA